AUGGAUGACGCAAACCCAGUCAGCACGCCAAUGGAAUAUGGAAUCAAGCUGUCAAAGCACGAGGAAGGAGAAAUAUUGGAUCCAUCACUCUUUAAGAGCUUGGUUGGAAGCUUACGAUAUUUAACAUGCACGAGACUUGACAUCUUAUAUGCGGUCGGAGUU